AUGUCCGCACAUGCCCCGACCAAUCGCGCGGAUGAGGUGCAGACGUUAGUGAACGCGGUGCAAGAUCUUCUCAUUCCUUUCAUUCGAGCCGCAGACGAGAUUCCCAAUGCGUCGCCGACCAAUGGCGCCGAUCGACACGAGCCUCACGGCGCCCACGCACCGACCAAAUCCACCGCCACCUCGUUGGUCGAUUACAAGAAACCCGAAGAGCUGCGCAAGAUCCUCGCCUUGGAGAUCCCCCAACACGGUCGACAGCAAGAAGGGCUGAUCGAGGUGCUGCAAAAAGUCCUCCAAUACUCGGUCAAUACCUGGCAUCAGGGCUUCUUGGACAAACUCUAUGCGUCCACCAACGCCCCCGGCGUGGCGGCCGAGCUCAUCCUCGCCACGUUAAACACCAACGUCCACGUCUAUCAAGUGUCGCCCGCGCUCACCGUCAUUGAAAAAUUCACCGGCCAACAACUGGCGAGUCUGUUUGGCUUGACGGGCCUGCGCGCCGGAGGCAUCACCGUCCAGGGCGGAUCCGCCUCCAAUACGACCUCGAUCGUCAUUGCGCGCAACACGCUCUAUCCCGAGACCAAAGCGGAGGGGAAUGGCGGGUAUCGCUUCGUGCUCUUCACCAGUGUUCACGGCCACUACAGUGUCGAAAAGGCCGCGCAGAUGCUAGGCUUCGGCAGCAAGGCCGUCUGGUCGGUGCCCAUCGACCGACAGGGCCGCAUGAUCCCCGCCGAAUUGGAAAAACUGGUCAUCCAGGCCCAGAGCGAGGGCCGAACGCCCUUUUACGUGAACGCCACGGCGGGCACCACCGUCAUGGGCUCCUUUGAUCCCUUCCCCGAGAUCUCGGCCAUCUGCCAGCGAUACAACAUGUGGUUCCAUAUCGAUGGAUCCUGGGGUGGCCCCUUCAUCUUCUCCCGGAGACAGAAGCACAAGCUUCGCGGGUCCGAACUGGCCAACAGCAUCACCAUCAAUCCUCACAAGAUGCUCGGUGUACCGGUGACCUGCUCCUUCCUCCUGGCCGCAGACAUGCGCCAAUUCCACCGCGCCAACACUCUCCCCGCAGGCUAUCUCUUCCACAACGACGAGACCGAGCAACCGGCUUCGAACGGAGCGUCUCACGCGACCGACCAGGAAGAAGCCGACUCGGCCCCCGAAGUUUGGGACCUCGCCGACCUGACUCUGCAAUGUGGUCGCCGCGCCGACGCGCUCAAACUCUUCCUCGGAUGGACCUACUACGGCACCGCGGGCUACGAGCACCAAAUCGACAACGCAUGCGACGUGGCCAUGCACCUGGCUACUUUGGUCGCACAGAACCCCAAUUUCACCCUCGUCAGCGAGAAUCCACCGCCAUGUCUGCAGGUCUGCUUCUACUACACCCCGGGUGCCAAGAUGGUCUAUCCGCGCGAGGUGGUCUCGAACGAGCCGCAGCGGGCCAAGAACAAUAGCAAAGUCACCGAGUACAUCACCCACGCGAUCGUGCAAAAGGGGUUCAUGGUGGACUUUGCGCCCCCGAGCGGCGAUGAAAAUGAGCUGGGCAAUGGCAAGUUCUUCCGUUGCGUGGUCAAUGUGCAGACUAGCAAGGAGACGGUCGAGAACCUGGUGCGUGCCGUGGAAGAGGUGGGCCCGGGCAUCGUGGAAUCUCUGACGACCACCACCCCCGUCGUCCCCAGCAAGCGUCCGGGUGAGCGUGGACAUGGCCCCGUGGUUCAUCAACUGCGUUGA